CAUCGGCUGCGUUCGAUCGCUGCGGCGCCAUUCCGCUGCAACUUCGCAUCGCUGCGCCUUGUCAGCGAGUCACGCGUGCUCGCGCGCCCCCUACACGGAGAGCGCCAAGACCCCCCAAAGCUUGCUCGCGCGCCCUGGUUCGACAGAGCGCCCAAGAUCCAAGCUUCAGCAGCAAAUAUGAAACGCGCGGCGCCCGGCGACGAGGGAAAUGACGCCGCAAAAGGCUUGUUGCCCGAGGGCGACGACUGGAUGGAACGGAUGCCCGAGGCGCUCCGGAAACAGAUGCAACAAAUGCUCGACAUGUACCUAGGCGCGGGCAUCAUCAUGACGAAGGAGAAGUUCCUGGCAAUGGCCUCGCAAGGCGCGGAGCACAUGGGCCGCACGUGCCUCCUGACGCUGAUCCGCUCGCCGGCCGAGGAGUUCGACGCCGUCGAGGACGGCGUCCUAGAGAAGAUAUCCAAGAUGUCGCCGCAGGAGGCCACGAAUAUGUUGCCGCACGCGGGGCGCGCCUGUUGCGGCCCCGUGCUCGAGGCGCUCAUCCGCCAGGGCGCGGACCUGAAUAGUUUCAACUUUCAGCGCGGGGCCCUGACGGCCGGCGGCGCGCCCUUUGCUAUAGUCGCAAAAAAGGCCAGGCCGCGCCUCUUACAGCUGAUGCUGGAGGCAGGUGGAGCUGAUCCCAACGCGAUCGAUUCGAUGGGCUGGUCGGCGCUGCACAUCCUCGCUCUGGCCGCCUCGGACAGAGGAGGUACGACGGAGGACUGGCAGCGAACAUUGAAAAGCGACCGCGAAACGGCCGAGGCCACCCGCGUGCGGCAGCACGGCGACGUGAUUGAGUGCGUGCGCGUCAUGCUCGAGGCUGGCGCCGACCCGACGCUCCAGACGUCGCGGCAGGCGCUGAACGGUGCAGAAAUCAAAUUUGAGGCCUCUAUCACCGACGUUUUCGCAGGCGAUGAUGACGGACCGCAUCUACAAGGAACGGUUCUUCCCCCACGAGCUCCUCGCCGACGCGAACGGCGCGCCCGCGACGGAUGACAGAAGCGAGACCAUCAGAGGCAUGCUCCUGGACGCCAUCGCCGAGCGAGGCGGGUUACCGUCGCAGCGCGCUCAAGACCUGGCGGCCGCCCGGCAACGCGCGGCGCAUCGCGAGGCCGUGACGGACGCGGCCCAACAAGGCGGCGAUCCGAUUCAACGCGCGGGGUGCAAUGCGAUGAUGAGCCAUCCCUCGUCGCGGAUGCAAGUGCAGGCGCUCAAGCUGGACGAGGCGGAAGCGCGGGCCCGCAUGAAGAAGAGCGGCCGCGCGCGCGUGUGCGACUUCUGCAACAAGCGCUCGGAGACCAAGCUCCGCGCGUGCGGCAAGUGCAAGUUCGUCGCCCUGCGGCGUCCUCGUCGUUUCCCUCAACGCCAUCGACGACGAUCUGCUUCCGCGCAGGUCUUCUACUGCGACGCGGCCUGCCAGCGCAAGGCCUGGCCGACGCACAAGAAGGAGUGCGGGAGCGCGCUCGACCGCCUCUGCCUCGCGCUCGAGCGCAACGCGUCGAGGAUCGACACGCAGCACGCGGCCAUACAGAUGCAAGCGAACGAGGCCGACGACGCGCGCCGCGCCGCGCAGAACUGAA